GUUUCGGUUUAUCAGUUCCGCAUUGUUUUUCCGUCUUUAAUGAACUAUGAAACCAAAGCGUAAAAUAAGAUCGGAGGUCCCUUCCGUGAGUUCUAUGGACUGAUUGGGUCCGUUUAAAGGCGCACCGAAUCCACCGAUAGAUCACAAUUUGCCGGAUUUUGAUCGCGCAAACAGACGAUCCAAACUAAACGGAUUUCAGUAUUAUUUAUUUUCACGACUAUGUCGGGACUUAAAUUCGCGAUGGUCGUCUUGUGCUUCGCGUCGACGUCGGUGAUGUGCGGUCCAAUGCCCCAGCAGUCACAGCCGAAAAACGACGGACAACAGCAAAAACAAGAAGAUCAACACCAAAAACACGCCGUUGAACACUACACAAACAGUUUGGUGGCCAAUCCGAGAAUCCGUGAAAAUUACCUCAGUUGUUUUUUAGACAAUGGACCUUGCAGUCCUGAAGCCAAUAGCAUCAAACGUAAGUGUUAAUUUGCAGCUAUUAUAAAGUGAGAUUAAUUUUGGGGAAAAACGAUUUCAAAGGUAUAAUAAAAUAACGUUGCAUCCUUGGGGAAUUGCUGUAAGUUAUUAUUAUUUAUUCCAAUUACUAUUUAUAAUUUGCAAAUGAUAUUACAACGCCGUUUAAAACAAUAGGCAAUAUUAUAAGUGAGUUGGACGGAUUUUUUUUAUUUGAAUUAUAGUGUAUUAUUGCGCAUAGAAGAAGUUACCGUGAGAUUAUAAUUAAAUAAUAAAGUAUACGUACAUCUAAUAAAUAAUAAGACGUUAGUAUGUAUUAUUAUCUUGCACAAUAGUAGACGAGAAUAGAUAAACAAAAUUAUACUAAAUGUUAUUAAUUUUCAGAUAAUACGGAACGAGCUCUACUCAGAGUUGUUAGUUGUUGGGCUAGGUAAUAUAGAUUAUCUAUAACAAUUUUUAUUAAUACUUCAUCAAAAGUAUCUGAAAUUCGAUCUGUAUUUCUCAAAUUUCUUUUCUGUUAACUUCAGAGGCUGAUAAGUUUAUCCAAAAAAAUAUAUAAAAUACGUACAUGCUAGCUAACCUAAUACAAUUUACUGAAAAGUUAUCAAGACCUUAAAUUUACUGUACAAAUAAACAAUUUUAAAAUAAAGAAAAGAAAAAUUACGUGCUAUAAAUGAUCAUAAUUAAUUUUUGAUACAUAAAGCCAUUUAUUCAAAACUAACAUUAUCAUAGUGUUAACUGCAAAUAUACUUUUGCUUAAUAGUAAGAGCGAAGCUAGGAAUGUAUUGGUUUCACAAUGAUGUUUAUUUUUUUUUUUUUUCAGUGAAUAAAUUUUGUAUGCACCAAAAAUUUUGCUCAGAUUUUCAAGUGUAGCUCUUUUUCCGAAAACAAUUUUUUGUGAGAUCGUACUUCAAGAAGAUUAAUUUUUGAUUUUUUCAGAGGCUUUCAUAAUAAAUGGGAAAAAUCGAGAAAAAUUUACGAAAUUUAUUAUUUUCAUAUCGUAAAUAUUCGGUCUUUCAAAACAUGUAAAACCGAACUCCGCUCAGAAUCGUUUUUCGUUAGCCAUGAUUAAUCGUUGCGUGCAGAUAGAUUUUAAAUUUUCCCUCUACCUUCCCAACUUCUCACCUAUAUCAGUUAACUACCCAUCUUGCGAAGUAUGUCAGUUUAUUUUUUUUUUAUAUGAAACAUUAUAUUUUUACUUGAGAAAUCACCAAAUCCAUAACACAGGAAAUUGUUAUUAAAUUCUUUAAAAAUCUGUUAAUAUUUUAAUGUACCUACUGCGAAUGACAUUCAGAACUAUAGGGAUAAAACUAUUUCAUUUCGAUAUAAUAAUAAAACAUUAUUUUAAACCUUUAAGGGAUCGAGGAAUAUUUUUAUAUUAUAGCGCUUAUUACAUAUUACCAAACAAAAAUAAAGUAUCACAGAUGAUAUAAUCUGGUUUGGUUUAUAAUCUGUGUUAAUAUUAUUCAUUGACGAUUAUAUUCAUAUUGAUAUUAUUACCAUCGUUAAAAGUAAAUUCAAAGGGUAAAAUAAUGGUAUAUUUCGAUUAUCGUACUAACUCCGCUGGUCGGUAAUAGUACAAAUAAAUACCAAAAUAAUACCUUCAUAUUUAAUUUUUUUUAAUAUUUUAUGCUUUUUUUUUUUUUUUUUUUACAAAAAUAUAACUUUUUUUGUAAUUUUAUAAUAAUAUAGCCCAUAUAAAAACCGGCCUAUCGGAAAGAUUCUUGAUUUCUAGAUAGGCCAAUCCGCCUCUGAGUAUACUAAUAUGAAAUGACCUAGGUACAUCUAUUUUUAUAUUAUAUACUGACAUGUAAUAUUUAUUAGGAAAAUUCUUUUAAAAAAUAACUAUUAUUAUAGUUUUAUGUAUUUUAUUUUAUUUCGAAAUGUGUACAAUGAUUGUUGUACACAUUGUGACUUUGUAUGUAACAUAUAAUAUAUAUAUAGGAGACCCGUACAAAAACGGAUCGAAGAGAACCGUUUUAUAGUUGGACGGACAUGGGACAUUAUUUUAUAUUAUAACGAAUACUAUAAUAUUAUUUCAUCCAAAUAUACGGUUUCGUCUCCUUCGAUAGUAAUUAUGCACUUUUUUUCCCUGAUUAACCGACAGCAAUGGGAGAUCAGUUUUUCACAUUGCUACUCCACUACUGCCAUCGUUUAUUAAUAAGUAUUAUUAAUUAAUGCCUUUUAAAAUCCUGUUUUUCCCCUUCGCGGGGCAGGCUCACAUUAUUAACUAUACUAAUUAAAACUAAGGUAGGAGGUGAGCGGUUGGGCCGCGUCACCUCCUGACAUUAUGUUAGCUUAACCUAACCUGUACACGACCUUGAGCCGGUGGCUGGGUCCUAUUGUGUGGUGACUUUGAUGCCCUGGACUGGUGAAGUGGCUGCUCCUAUGGCAGAUGGUCAGCCCUAGCCUCGGUCUCCCUUAUCUUUUCGUCAUGCUCCUUGCUGCUCAGUAUGUCCUCUACCAUGCGGUAGAAAGACUAUGAGCUGCGAAAGGAGGCUGUCUCGAUCUGAUCGCGUAAAGCUCGAUCAGAAUCCCGGGAUGGGAUGUCUUCUGGGCUACAGAGCAGGUUUUGAACAUAACUGGGAGCUAUAUUUCUUCCGCUAACAUACGCUCUAACGUCUUACCGAUAGUAGUUAUGCACUUGGGCAAUAUGAUUAGGUACCACCGUCGUUGUGUGUAUCGAACAGGUAACAAUCUACAGGUAUGAAGAUAAACAUAAAUAUAUAGUGUCACAACGGCCGAUUGUAAGGCUAUAGAGUUAUUAUUUUUAUAGCCCUAUACACCGAUAAACGGUAGUCGGCGUUUUACAUGGUGAUCUUUUUAAACACAUUACCUCGGUAAAUAUUACAUUUUUGUAUAAAAUAUUACAAAUAUUACAUUUUACAUUUGAUUUUAUUUUAGUACAUUUUGGAUAUUAAAUGCAAAUCGCAUACCUUUUCGUAAAAUGUUCAUCAUUUUUAAAUUUUGAACUUUUGAUUUUAAAAUGGCAUCACAUGAUAUAUAUUCAAAUGUGAAUAACAAUAUAUAUAUAAAACAAUUUUUCAGUUUAAAGAUUCCAAGAUUUGCAAGAUCUGAACUUAUCUCGCCUACAAUGGAUUGAUGAAAAUAAAAUAAUAUAUGUUUAUUUUGUUAGAUUUUGAAGCGGGAAAUGGUUUGGUUUUACAGUGAAAUUUUUUUUAUAGUAUAUACAAAAUCUUUCUCCAAUCAAAACAUGACAAAAUACUUUUUUUGUUGAUUUAGUUCGUACUUUAGAAAGGUGAUUUUUGAAAUUCUCAUUAAUAUUCGAGAUAAUGAGGAAAAGCUAGUUCUUUUGGUUCAAAAAUAUUAAAAAUAAGGUUGUCAUUGGCAAUCGUUUUUAUUCAUUUUUUGUUAUAAUUUAGUAUUUUAUUUAUUUUAUCAUUUUAAUCUUUUAAUAUUUUUUAUACAAUCGUAGUCGUGAAAACGUACAUUGCUGGAAAUACAAUAUUAUUGACCGAGCUUCAUUAAGAAUCGUUUUUCGUUAGAAAUAAUUAAUCGUUGCUUACAGAUAUAAAUUAAAUUCGUCUAUACAUACUACCGUCCUAACUUCUCAUCUACAACAGUGGCCCACUUAUAGUACGAAGUGGUUUUUAUACUUCAAUCUAUAAAUUCGUAUUAAUUUAUGGAAUUAUAUUACCACUUGUAGUAAUUUAUUCCAACAAAUAAGGAUAACGUAACAUUUUAAAAUUGUAUGUACUUUUAUGAAAAUGGAUACAUAUAUUCUCAUUUUCAAUUGUAUUAAAAGAAAAUUAAAAAAAAAUGUAUGACCCUGUAUUUCGUUACAGUUAUUGUACAAUUUCCGCAUUAUACAGACGUGUGCACAAAUCAGAAAUAUUAUUAUAACGUCCUACAGACGUUUUUUUUUCGAAAUAAAAAAUCAUCUCAUCACAUCCACGUUCUUCGCGUGUUUCGGUGUCACGGGCGAUUUUAUUAAAAAUAGUAUUUUACGAAAAACAAACUCGGCUCUCUAUUUGUAAAACAUAGUAAGCGCCAAUUUAUCAUUUUUUCAUUGUGUUUUGUAUAUACAAAUACAGGUAUAAUAAUAAAAAAAAAAACAACGAAAAUUGAUUAAGUGGCGCUUAUUGAGUUUUAUAAAGUCGAACUAAAGAUUACGACGUUCCAUUUUCUAACGAUUGCCGCAGCACACGCGAAAUAAUGAUAAAGGUAUUUAUAAUUUGCACUUACAGUGGCUGAAAAUAUAUUAUAAGUACCCAGGUACUGUUUUUUUUUUACAACGUAUUACGAUCGCGAUGGUUUACACUGAAACGGCUUCGUGCCAAAAUUGUUUACGCCAAUGAGGCCAUGGUAAGAGACGCCAAAACGAGAACGUCCGGGUCUCGAAUAAACUGCGUGCUCGGUUCGUAUAAUCAUUUUAAAAUAGUUGUGAUUAUCAGUUGUUUACAUCAUUAGUUUAGAAUUAAUGUCUUGAAACACUAUCACGACCGGUCGAUCAAGUGAAUACGGGACAAGUCGUGUGAUGCCCAACAUCUAAUAAUUUCUGUAGUAUCAUUUCUGCUUUCUAAAAAAUUUCUUUACAAUUUUAAAAAAAAAAGCCGUCAAUUAUCAAAUAUUUUAUUAUACGAGUAUAUAGUUAAAUUUGAUUUUUUUAAUACGUUAAUUACCGAUGGGUAAUAUAUAAUAGAAUUGGUUUAAAAAAAUAAUGACUGCUAUAUUAUACUCGUCAUACUAUUCAUACUUAUCGUUGCGAUUUUGAUGAUUGAUAUAACGAUAUCUUGAAUCAUCUGUAAUUAUACAUAUUAUGUUAUAUUGCUAUAAAAUAUUUGCGAUAGUGAUAAUAUAGCCGCAUUAGUACUUAUCUAUAUACUAUUAUUGUGUACUUAACCUAAGCACGCCAUAGAAUAAAAUAGGUACCUACUCAACCACACAAAAUAUAUAACUAUUUUAGAACAUAAAUAGUAACAGUUUUUUGUUUUGCCUCACUCUCUACACUAUACUGACUUAUGAUAAAUUGCAACAUGAUAACAAACAUUAUGAUUUUAAAUAUAUAAUAUACGAACUAUUUUCAAAUAACACUCAGAUUUAUAUAUUUAUAUAGAUGAGCCAUUAAAUUUUAAUGUAUUUGUAUGUCGUAAAUCAAAAAUUAAAAUACUUACCUUCAAAAGCCAGGGACUCUAAAGACAUAACAGUCGAGAUUAUUUUAUUGAAGAUACAAGUAAAUACAUUGAUCAAGUUAAGUAAAGGUCAUAAAUAUAUAGAACAUUUUGUCUCGUUUGUUAUGUUUUGUAUAGUUGAUCAUUUUUUUUUUAUGAUUUUUAACUACAUUAUAGGUUCAAUAUAAUUUUACUAAAUAUAUUAUUUAUUGUUCUGUCAUAGCAGAAUUACUCCCAGAAGCCAUCCAAAAAGAAUGCGCACAUUGUACCGAACUGCAGAAGAAGGUGAUUGAAAAAAUGAUGUGUUACCUGAACAAUCAUCAACCGGAAAUAUUAAAACAGGUGGCCGCCAAAUUUGAUCCAAACGGCGAAUACAUUCAGCAAUAUAUUAAGACACUCGAACAAAAAAGAAACGAACCGGAGUAUUUGAUUUCAACUGUACAGCGGCAAAACCCACAACAGCCACAGCAAAACCCACAGCAGCCACAGCAAAACCCACAGCAGCCACAGCAAAACCCACAGCAACCACAGCAAAACCCACAGCAGCCACAGCAAAACCCACAGCAGCCACAGCAAAACCCACAGCAGCCACAGCAAAACCCACAGCAGCCCCAGCAGAACCAACAACCUCAGCAAAAUCAACAACAAGAACCGACGAUAAUAACAUCAUCACCUAUAGCUACGGUGGUAACCCCGAAACCUUGAGUCUACGGCAAUUAUUAUAAAACGCCAAAAUUAUUGUUGUUGUGUUAGUAGUACAGUUCAAAUUACUGUUAUUUAUCCUGUCUCGGACAAAUUAUAAACUGCAUUACAUGAAAAUUAUGUUUAAUAACGGU